UCUAUAUAUGCUUACCAUAUAUUCCUCUUUCUCUUUCACUCUCUCACUCAAGGUUAGACUCUUUUGAAGAAAAAAAUGGCUCUGUGUAGAAGGCCUUAUGCUUACUCAAAGGUGGACAAGGAGGACCCUGAAGACAUAAUCCAUAGAAGGGCACAGUUUUUGAUCCACAAAGUGUUGGAGCAAGCAGAUUCACGUAGAAAGCCAUCAUGCCUUAGAAUCAGAAUCUCUAAGAUGAAGGUGAAGAUUGGAAAAAGGUUAAGGAGGCUCAGGAGGAGAAUUAUGUCCGGUGUGUCUGCUGCUAGACUUGGUUUUCAUGGACAUGUUAUGAGUCAAAUCAAAACGUGGAAGAGACUCUUUAGCCGAGGAAGACAAUCUCAAACCCUCAUAACCCUUCCUCCUCUUAUCAAAUGAUGAUGUGUAUCUAUGUGUAAACAUUUUACUAGGAAACUCAUGUUUUAUGCAAUACAAUGUCAUGUUAAUUUCUGUCCUUUUUCUUUUUGUGUUUUCUUCCCAGUUUUCUUUAGUCUAUACAAAGAGUGAAACCAUAAGCAGUUCUGCCUGAAGAUCCA